AGCGGUCACGUGAGCUCCAAUGUGGCCGAACCCUCUCGCGAUGCCGGGAUUGAAAGUAUUUAGCUGUUUGAUACGGUCAGGUUAUGUGACUGGCUGUCAUAGAAUGUUCUCUUCACCAAUCAAUCAUAUCUACUUACACAGGCAGUUAAGCAUUCAACAAAGAAGAUAUUUAUUUUUCCGGAGACAAAGAAGCAAUGCUUAUAGUAUAGUUUGGCCAGGUACAGUUUCUCCGGCUCAUCAUGUUCCCGAGCACAUAAUGAAGCCAGACUAUGUGACGACAGGCAUUGUGCCUGACUGGGGAGACUACAUUGAAAUUAAAAACGAAGAUCAGAUUCAAGGGCUACGUCAUGCUUGUCAGCUGGCCCGUCAUAUUUUGCUUAUGGCUGGGAAGAGUCUAAAGGUUGGCAUGACAACGGAAGAAAUAGAUUCUUUUGUCCAUCAGCAGAUCAUCAGCCACGAUGCCUACCCAUCUCCAUUGGGCUAUGGCGGGUUCCCCAAAUCUGUUUGCACUUCUGUAAACAAUGUUGUUUGCCACGGAAUUCCAGACAGCCGACCUCUUCAAGAUGGAGACAUUAUCAACAUAGAUGUCACAGUGUACAGCGGAGGCUUCCACGGGGAUACCUCUGAAACCUUCCUGGUGGGGAACGUGGAUGCAGCCGGUAGAAAGUUGGUGGAGAUAGCGAGACGAUGCAGGGAUGAAGCGAUAGCAAAGUGCCGACCGGGGGCUCCUGUCUCUGCAAUUGGAAACACAAUCAGCCGGAUUGCCGAAGAGAACGAUUUACGAGUCUGCCCUCAUUUUGUUGGUCACGGAAUCGGUUCUUUUUUUCACGGCCAUCCAGAGAUUUGGCAUCAUGCCAAUGAUAAUGAUUUGCUCAUGGAAGAAGGAAUGGCGUUCACUAUAGAACCUAUUAUAAUGGAGGGGUCUCCCGGGUAUAAAAUCCUCAAGGACAAAUGGACCGCAGUAUCCACAGACGAUAAAAGAUCAGCUCAGUUUGAGCAUACCAUUGUAAUUACAUCAGAGGGAGCGGAAAUCCUCACCAAACUGCCACAUGAAUCUUAAGGACUCGGAAUCAUCUUAAGGACUCCCUGAUAUUUCUUAGCAACGAUUGGAAAAAAAAACGGGGAAAAUCCCUGAUCAGAACUUUGCUGACACCGGGGACAACGGUGCGACUAUCCGGCAAGAGGAAGCCAAGGCUGGGCUCCCAUAAGCCUUAUGGAUACCGAAAUCACAUAUUACUCCGGAGUCUGCUCUGUUAUUGCCCAGAUCGCAGCCCUGGCUUUGCAGAAAUGCCCCGGGUCAGGGGCCACAGAACCUGUGUAUACAUACAGAAUGAUUGCUGUGCACACCCUCUACAAACACUCUGAUACUGAUGAAGUCUCAUAUAAUAUCAAAACCUCUCUAGAAAACAUUACACAUAAGCACUGAUUUACCCGAAGUGUAAUAAUGUGUCUAUUAUUUCUUAAAUAAAGAGCAACGAAUAAUAAACUCGAUUUUAUUGGAUCACACAAUUAUAAAGUGCACUAUGUAUAUACAUUGUAAUGCGUGUGUGUGUGAUAUAUAUUGUCUGCAGGCAUAUGUAAUAAAGUGUUAAGUAUGGUAUACAUAUAAUAUUACCAUCACAA